CCAAGAGGGCCCCAAGACGGCCCAAGAGAGCUCCAACACGGCCCAUGAGAGCCCUCCGUAGCCAUUUUGGCUCAAGCCAUUUUGGCUCAAGCGCGAGCAGCGCACGGACACGACAGCGCAUGGUUCAGAGUCCUAUAUCAGCGGGUAUGCCAGGUGAACUGUCGGACACGCCGUUGCAGCCAGGCAUCGUUAAAUUCGAGUUCGCCAUGGGCGCGCACGGUCUCGUUUGGACCCAGGGAACUACCAUUGUGGAACGCGUGUCGUGCCAGGCCCGAUUCUUGGGCGUGCGGCCAGGCUGGAGCAUCAGCAUGGUCAACGGCAUGCCUAUCACUGACAGCGUCACGUGCUGGCAUGAGUUGCAGAAGUGCAAGAAAUCGGGCCUUAGUUACAGUGUUUAUUUUCUCAAAGACGAGGCCUCAAUCCGAGAAGAUCUGACGAAAGCGGAAGCCGAGCGCCAGAAGAGGGCGACGAAGGCCGCAGAGGAGAGGCUGGAGCAGCAGGCCAGGGCCACCGCGGCGGCGGAGCGACAGAAGCAGGCGAGGAAGCGCUUGGAGAUGCUGCGCAAGGACUUCGAGUCGGAGAUCGAAGAGGCGAGGGCGUGGGCAGAAGGGAAAAGAGCGGAGGCCAGAGAGCGCGCGCAGCAGUCAGACGAUUUCGCGCUGGAUGAGCUGAAGAGGCUGAUGGCGCAGGUCACGGCGAUCGAGACCCAGAAUGCGUGGAUUCUGGACGCUGUGGGCAAGAUCGCGGGCGCCGGGUUGACCGCCAAGUUCCGAGCCGCGCGGAUAUCGGCGGAGAUCCAAGAGACGCAGGUCACAUGGUUCAUGACUCUUGUUGAGCAGCUAUACUCGCAGAAGCCCGGCACGAUCCUGGACGAGCUACUCGACAACCUGAAGGAGACUGGGCCUGCGGGCGACGCGACGCCGUUGCAGAUCCAGCUCCUCGCAGAGGUGUGCAAGCGGCUGCGCGACAAAUACUCUGCGAGGCCACUGAAUGAGGACUUGCAGGACGAAUUGCUGGCCAUCGCCACUCUGGUUCUGUAUACCAUGCAGGACGUCGACAUCGACAGGUUGUUUUGCUUUGAAGACGCCCCAGAACUGCCAGAGGGCCUGGAAGAGCCCGCCCUGCGCGACGAGUUCUACAGCGAGCACAGGCAGAAAGUAGGCGGAAAGCGAAAUCCACAAAUGUUCCAGGUGGCGAACUGGGCCUCCCGCGUCUGCUUUGACAGCGCCGGCGACCGGCAGGACGCCCUGGGCGGCCUGAGAGCAUGGAUCCGGCGGGUGUGUUUCUUGGGGCUCUCGGCGAAGACGCUCGAGAAGCCCAUGGUUGUAACGCGCGGCCUGUGCGGCCUGCCCAGCUCCUUAGUCGAUGGCUUCAGAGCCAAGGCCGCUGGCGACCGUUUCUUCUGGGCGGCGCCCUCCAGCACGACAGUCGACGCCUCGAUCUCCGAGGCGCACUGCAACCAGCAGGCGCCCAAGGAAAACAACGUGCUCUUCACCAUAUCCGGCAUCGCCUACGCCUCCCCGAUGAUGGAGCUGAGCGCGUAUCCCGGGGAGCGCGAGUGGCUUCUACCUCCGUUCACCGCGCUGGAUGUGGGGCGCGUAGUGGACGGAGCCCCGCUGCAGCUGCACUGCAAGUUCGGAGGCUGCAUGCUCACCUCUGCCUUCCGCGAGGAGGUGCGGGACGAGUUUAAGGCCGCCUCAAGGCGGCUGAGCAUGCGGCGCGCGGAGUCGCAGCGGGAUGCAGCGGAGAUGCGCGAAGACCUGGCCAAUUUGUUGGAGUGGGCGAAGUCGACUCGGGCGAAGACCCGAAUGCGAAUCGAGAGUAAAUUGCAAGAACCGCGUCCGGAGGAGUAUCUCCACAUCAUCAAGAAGUGGGAGGAGAAGGAGUGUCUCCUCACGGCGGAACUGGCCGAAGCUAAGGAGUGGGCGAAGUGGUUUCGGGAGAAGAAGCUGAAUUCGGCCAGACUGCGCUUCCAGCAAAUAGCGCGUCAACUGCAGAUACCGCCAGGGACGGGUAUGAGGGCAGAGUAUGAGUCGUCAAUUGAGUCGUUAAUGCGUCAACUGGACAUACCUGAUAGUCUGAGGGAAGAGUAUGAGUCGUUAGAGAGGAAGAUCCAUCGCCUCGAGACGGCGACCGGGGACGAGGGGCACGGCACUCGGUUCAACGCGUGAGGUCCCGCGCCAGCCAGACCUUUGGAACAAAAAAAGGUAGCGUCGAGCACGCAAGGCGCCCCUUUGGAUGUCUGGGUGUACGCACCUGCGCGCCCGAUCGCUUCCGGCAGCUUGCCUGCCGUCUUGGCGACGCCCGCCCCCUCGCCAUGCCCCCGUCUUCGCACCGCCGCGUGCUGGAUUUCGUCCUUUUCGCGCAGUGCACCACGAAGGCAUCGCUCGACCCAUCAUUUUUAAGGGGCCUCGUUCGGUCCGUCUUUGUUAGCAUCCAUGGUUGCGCUUGCCCUGGGUCGGCCCCUGGCGAGCGCAGUGAACCAAAGUGGCCGUGCUGGGCCCACCCCUAGGAGCACCCUCUCCUAGAAUCGCUGAGUCCGCUGUUCUGGACGUCGCAGUGUCGCGGGCAAGAAGGCUUUGCGCAGCAACAGGGAAAAGGUAUCGCGAGGGCAGAGAGACGGGGGGAACACGAACCGAACGAUUGAAGUUCAAAGAGGAAAAGUUUUUAACCGGCCCAGGAUAACCGAGACGUCGAAACACAUCCCAUCCUUGAUCCUCGGUGAUCGAGGGCACGGGCACCUCGUGGCAGGUUUAGCAAUUUUUGUCGACGCCGACGCCUGUUAUACAGUUGCGCGACGGCCAGGUAGGAGGCACGACAAGGAACGUUCAGGAGUUCUGGGCGCAGGCGGGUAGGCACUCGCUAGCACGGAAGCCGGCGUGCCUACCUUUGCGCCGCCUUGGGCGCGCCGCUUGGAGGGGAAAGGGGGGGGGUGUGGGAGGGGGAAGAGGUUCGAUCCGCAAACGUCCAAACAUAUCCCCUCCUGGGUCCUCGACGGUCGAGGGCACGCAGAACUCUGGGCAGGUUUAGUAUUUUUUGUCGUUGCCGACACCUGUUGCUCGACGGCCAGGUAGGAGGCGCGACAAGGAACGACCAGGAGUUCUGGGCGCAGGCGGGUAGGCAUUCGCUGGCACGGAACCCUGCGUGCUUUUGUCGGCGCUCGCCCGUUGCCAGAACAUGUUUUUGUGCCGCCUUGGGCUCGCCGCUUGGAGGGGGAAGGGGGUUGGGGAGGGGGA